AUGGGGUGCUGCAGCAGCAAGAGCGUCGAUUCCGAUGGGACCCGCCUCGCACGGUGGCGCUCCACCGGCAUUGUGGCGUUGCGCGACUCUAAACUAAAGAGAUUUCCGGAUGAAGUUCUUGAUUUAGAAAGAUCAGUCCGCACUGUUGAUUUCACUCACAACAAAAUAGUUGAUAUCCCAAUGGAAAUAAGCAAAUUGAUUAACCUGCAGAGGCUGAUAUUAGCUGAUAAUCAUAUCGAGCGUCUUCCAAUGAACUUGGGGAAGCUUCAGUCUUUAAAAGUUUUGACACUUGAUGGAAAUCGAGUUAGCACAUUGCCUGGUGAAGUGGGUCAACUGGUGAAACUGGAGAGGCUUUCAAUAUCUAGAAAUUUGUUACAAGAUUUGCCUGAUACUAUCGGGAGCUUGCGUAAUUUAGUGAUAUUAAAUGUGUCGAACAACAAGAUAAAGUUUCUUCCCGAAUCGAUUGGUAGUUGCUUUUCUCUGGAGGAAAUUCAAGCUGAUGACAAUUUUAUGGAAGAGCUUCCAUCUUCGGUGUGCAAUCUUGUUCAUCUAAAAUCGCUCAGCUUGAACAAUAGCAACAUGAAGCAGAUACCUCCAAACUUACUGAAAGACUGCAAAAGUCUACAGAACAUAUCCCUGCAUGGCAACCCCAUCUCGAUGGAUUAUUUUCAAAAGAUGGAAGGAUUUCAAGAUUUUGAAGGCAGGAGGAGAAGGAAGUUUGACAAGCAGAUUGACUCAAAUGUUAUGCUCAAUUCCAAAGGCCUUGAUGAGGGUGUUGAUCUGUGA